AUUCCUCUCUACCCUUCAUUUGAAAGACCGAAACAAUUCCAUGGCUUGGAGCAGAGAAUACUUGGAUUUUGCUUUGGUCCCAACUGGUUUAUUGAUCUUGUCUAUUUACCAUGUUUUCCUUCUUUAUCGAUGCCACAAAUUCCCUGAAACUACUGUCAUUGGCCUCGAAAACCAUUUCAAGAAAGCCUGGGUCGAAAGGAUGAUGCAGGUUCAGGCAAAAGAUAGAGGAUUAUCAUUGACGAUGAUCGACGGCACGAUAUCGGCGUCGAUUUUCCUAGCGACGACAUCGCUGACGUUGAGUUCGCUCAUCGGAACAUGGCUAGCGGAUGCGUCUCAGCAAAGCCUCAUCAAAAGCAGCCUCAUUUACGGCAACACGAGCUCGUCGAUCAAUUCGAUCAAAUACAUAGCACUUCUCAUCUGUUUCCUGCUGGCAUUAGGCUCGUUUCUCCAAUGCGUUCGCAACUUAGUUCAUUCGAGUUUCUUGAUUACCAUGCCGAAUGCAGAUAUCCCGGUGAGUUACGCCCAGAAAGCAGUGAUAAGAGCAGGUGCUUGUUGGUCGAUUGGGUUACGAGCUAUUUACUAUGCUACCGUGUUGUUGCUUUGGAUUUUUGGGCCAAUCCCAAUGUUUAUUGGCUCUUUGAUUAUGGUGAUGGUUUUUGCAUUUGCUUGAUAGAAAUAUCACCCCAUUGCAUCAGUUUGAAGAAGCUAAGUUGAUCGAGUAAUAUGGUUAAUAAGGUGAUCAGCUACGAGUCUCAUGCAAUAGCUGGUCGACUUACUCAGCAUCAUGAUAGGUUAAAUCAGAAUACAAGAUGUGACGUUAUAAUCGUUAUUUAUAUUAACAAUGAGACACACUAUCUUCAAUAUAUAUACUAAUAAAUCUUAUGAAUAUUUAUUAUUUAUUAA